AUGUCUGAGCAGUUUUGGAAGAAUUCAGAGGAGUGUGCAUCUUUGCAGAAGACUGGAAUAUCUUCAGCAAACACGCAUCCAGUUACAAUUCAGAGGAAAAGAAGGAAAUCUUCAUUUAACACUGCCGACUCCCCAUACGCUAUACGAAAGUCGUUUCUCUCAAAAUCAAUGCUGGAGGAUGAUAAUUUCCAGUCGUAUGAGCUUUCCUCAUACAGUUCAUAUUCAGAUCGGAACUGUGGGCCGGAAUUCUCUCGCAUUCCUUCUUAUUCAAUCAACUUGACCAAAUCACAAGGCUUCAUAUGGAAUCAAGACCUUUUUGCCACGUCAUUUCAGCAACGAAGGGCAGGCUUGACACCAAGUUCAGUCGAAUCAACACCAGAACCUGUGAAAGUUAUCGAUAUCAUAAUAGACUCGGAUGAGGAAGAGGAAGAUAUUGAAGAAAGACGCUCAAAGAAUGUUUCACCAAGGGUUUUCGGCAGAUACAACUUACGAAAGACAGAUGAUACACAUUGUAGAUCGGGUGAACGGUCAGCAAUAAUUUCGGAAAAGAAUAUGGAGGCUGAGGAAGAUACUUAUUUCCCGGGAGACUCGCAAGCAUGUGGUGGUGAUUGGUGA